CCGAAGAGAACGUAACGAAAAUCUUAAUUUUAUUCCUUUUUAACAUCUUUCUUCAUCUAUUAUUAUAAUUCUGUUCCGAUAGAAGAUGCCGUAUAGGAUCAUGCUAGUCUUUAGUAGUGCACCCGUUCUGUCAGCUACUCACUUUAAUUUGCCAGCUGCUACGACCCUGUGAGAGGAAUCGUUAGUCGAAGACCCAAGACGGGGCUUAUAGCCUAUAGAAGGAGAUGUUUUUAGUUACAUGCCUUUUAGUGGGUGCUUAGUCGCGAAGAUUCUGUAUUAUCAAUAGGUAUCAUUUUAUUCAUACGUUUAAACCAUAAAUGCUUUUCAGUUUAAUGUGUCCUUUAAAAUACCCAAAUCUGUUGUUAUACACCACUUCGUGUUUCCAGUAAUUCACACGAUCGAUAAACAGUGCACCUGCAUGAGGUUGUUCAUAAUGAUAAAGUCUAGUUUCUUAACAUCGAAGGACAGGAAUCUUCAGCCUCCAUUCUGUUAAGAAUGUGCUCAUAUCUCGGCAUUCAUUUUGCCAGGAAGGUGAAGAAAUAUUUCAACUGAAGCUACAUUAUUGUGGGAGAGUGUUGUUGAUUCAUGCAAAGUGUGGUUCAUUCAACUGUUUCUGACCAUGAUCAAUUAUCUACAAACAUGUACAAGUAGACAGACAGAAGAAAUUAUGUACUGAUAUUUGCAGUUCUGUGUUUACAAUCUUUACUGAAAAUGACAAUUCUUCUCUGUCAAGUAUUGUGCCGACAAUAAAGGUUAAUAUCACUGACAAAAUGUCUGAACAGAAAGAGUCACAGGGUAAAGAGGUUUCCUAUGUUUGUGAAGUUUGUGGGGAUACAUCCCCUUCAAAAGACAUGUUUAUUAAACAUGGAGAGAUGCACAAAACACAGAAAGGUAGUAACAACAAAAAUUCUUGUGAACCUGUUUCAACAUUCUCUACACUUUUACCUCAAUACAUUAAACGUGGAGAGAUAAGUAAAACAGAGAAAGGUAGUAUGAAGGAUAUUUCUGAAUCUGUUUCAACAUUGACUUCACUUUUACCUCAAUACAGUAAACAUGGAGGGAUGCACAAAAUAGAAAAAGGUAAUAAUAACAAUAAUUCUUGUGAAUCUGUUUCAACAACGCCUUCACUUUUACCUCAAUUCAGUAAACAUGGAGAGAGAAAUAAAACAGAGAAAGGUAGUAUGAAGGAUAUUUCUGAUUCUGUUUCAACAUUGACUUCACUUUUACCUCAAUAUAUUAAACAUGGAGAGCUAAACAAAGGAGAAAAAGAUGAUAACAAAGAUACUUCUGAAUCUGUUUCAACACUGUCUUCACUUUUACCUCCGUUCAUUAAACAUGGGGAGAUAAGCAAGCCAGAGAAAGAUGGUGACAAGGAUACUUCUGGACCCGUUUCAUCAUUGUCUUCAUUUUUACCUCCGUUCAUUAAACAUGGGGAGAUAAGCAAGGCAGAUAAAGAUGGUAACAAGGAUGCUUCUGGACCUGUUUCGACAUUAUCUUCAAUUAUACCUCAAUACGCCUGUGAUAUUUGCGGGAAAUCUUUUCCCGCUAAUAAGAAGUUAACUCGACACAUACAAACACAUUUCAGAGCAAAGAUUUUCCAGUGUGAUGUUUGUGGAAAUUCCUUCACUCGUAAAAGCGAUCGAGACCGACACAAGCGAAUACAUUCUGGGGAGAAACCUUACCCUUGUGAUGUAUGUGGGAAAUUCUUUUCUCGGAACAGCCAUUUAAAAAUUCACAAAUUGACCCACUCGGGUAUAAAACCUCAUCGCUGUGAGACUUGUGGAAAAUCGUUCUCACAGAAUUGUGAUCUGGAAAGACAUAUACGUGUACACACAGGAGAGAGACCAUUUAAAUGUGAUACUUGUGAAAAAAGAUUCUCUCAAAUUAACGAACUGGGAAGGCAUAAACGAAUACAUACAGGGGAAAAGCCAUAUGCCUGUGAGUUUUGUAAGAAAACAUUUACUUUAAACUGUGUUCUCGUAAGACACAGACGAAUUCAUACUGGAGAAAAGCCCUAUGUUUGUGAGUUUUGUAAGAAAACGUUUUCCCAAAAUAGCAUUCUUGUAAAACAUUUGCGAAUGCACAAUGGUGGGAAACCUUAUCAAUGUAAGAUUUGUGGUGAGGCAUUCACAACAAAACGCCUUUUAUCUGACCACACAAGAACACAUACUGCAGAUGGUCCUUAUCCCUGUCAACUUUGUGGCGAAAUCUUUUCUCAAUAUACAGAUAUAGUAAAGCAUUUAGCAAUACACACUGGCUGAGGAACGUAUUGUCAUGAGGUUUACAAGCAGAGGAUUUGAUGAAGUAAAGAACUUUUCUUGGCAUACAAAAAUACAUGCAAUCAAAAGAAUUUAAACUUUUAAUUUUGUGUGUGAGGACAUAUAUUGGAUAUAAAUUGAUUGAUUUGGACACAAAUACAUAAGGGAUAAACUUUUCUUUCUGAGUAAGAUAUUUCUUUUUUUUCUCCUGUUCAUUGCUUGAUGAGGUCACCCAAUUAAAUUGUUCUACUAAUAGAUGGUCACUUUGAAGUUCUAAAGAAGGAAACAUAAGGCAAAACAUUCAAGAAUGACACAGCAAUUCCUAAUCACAAAGAUUUUUUUUUUUUUGCACACAAGAUGGAAUAUUGAAAUGCCAUUAUUGAAUUUAUGAAUAUAACAAGACUGAAAGAAACUUCUGAGACUUUUUUGAAUUUUGAGUAGUAUGGCUAUUUGGUGACUGGCAGAUAAUGUUGAAGUUAUGAUAGAAAAAACCCAAGGAUGGACAUGAAUAAUCAGGGAGUCAAAUAUUAAGGAAUUUCUAUCAUUACAUGAGUGUAGCGGCAAGUGUUACAGUGAGUUAUUGUAGAAUUCACAAUAUGGUUUCUGUUCCUUUCUGGAACCACUUCAUUCAUUUAAACUGGAAAAUGGCCUUAAAAAGGCAUGAAUGUCACAGCAUCUUUUCACCUCGUAUUUAAAUAUUUCAAACUGCAUAUUUAUGCAGGAGACCACUAUAUAAAUCAACCCAGUAAAUCAUUUAGCAAUGCACUUACACAUGAUAUAUACAUUCCUCCCCACCAUCACAUACACGCUAUAUUUAUAUUGUGUAAAUAAGUGUAGGGUUGGCUGUGUGCUUUCCAAUCAGGUGGUUUUGUAUACAGUCCCACUGUGUGUCACCUUGGGCAAGUGUCUUCUAUUAUAACUGUGGACUGAUCAAAGCCUUGGGUGUAGAUGUGGUAGCUGGAAACUGAAGGAAACUUGUCAUAUGUAUGUUCCCUUGUCUAGGCACCACAUUGAUAGUUGUAAAUGAGUGUCAUCAUCAUACUGAGUGUGUCCUUCAUUUCCAACCUGCUAUGGAAACACCUCUGGUGAUAGGCAAAUAUUACCUUGUUUGGAAAGAGGUGAGAAUUGGUGACAGGAUGGGUAUCCGACCAUAGAAAAUCUGCCUUGCCAAAUUCCUUCUAACCUAUGCAAGCAUGGAAAAGUGGAUGUUAAAAUUAUAUAUAUAUAUAUAAUUUCUAUACAUAAAAACAGUUGGGUAUGAUUUAAGCUGGAAUUUGGCUGCUAUUUCUAGCAGGUUGAGUAAUUGUAUAGAGACUUAACCAUUGCCUUAUGAAAUAGUUUAUGAUACAAAUUGGCCAUCUUAUGAAGUCUAUAAUCAGAACCAAAAUCUAGACCGAAUAUGGCUUCUGGUUUGAAGUUGAACAUACUUAGAUUAAUGAGUACUUAUUCUCAACAGCUAAGGAGACUGAAGAAAUGCAGAAUAAAGUGUUAUGAUCAUAGGCACAAUCAAAGUGAAGGAUAUCCAAUAUCUUAUCCACCUAAAGCAUACUUAAAAAUGUUUCUUAGGGGAAGGAUGGUUGAGUAUGAGCCAUUGACUAUACAACUGAUGGCUAUAUUCGUUUGGUCAAGUUUGAAAUGCUUAGUCUCGAGUUAAUUCUGAUCAUACAAAUGCAUUGCUGUUGUUAUCAACCUGCCUUUUUGUGCACAAGUGACUACAUUUGUCCAAAGUGUGAUUUCAAAGGAGUGUUAUUUGAGAGCAAUUUGGCUGCUGUUUCUCAUUGGUUGUGCGACACAGACUAAUAGCUCCUUUGUUGAAAUAAUUGUGAAUGUAUGGAGCAUGAAAUUUUAUGAGCCACAUGAUGGUCUCCUGUGUUUGUCUACAUGUUCUGUACUGUUAUAACUGAAUAGUUCACACAGGAAGAACCUGCUUCAUUCUACCCUUCUAUGAUGCAUCAUUUUGUGUUUUAAAGUGUUCAGAAUUAAAAUCUGUCAAAAUUUCAAAAAGGUUGGUGUCCUAAACACCAACUUAAUGACGACAAAUUAUUUUACUAAAUUUGUUAAUUUCAAAUUUAAUUGAAAUAAAAGUCAAUGUAUUGCAACAUCAGUUGGGUAAUAAAAGGGUUAAAUAUUGAUUUUUUUUGGUGGGGUCAGUUGAUGAAAAAGGAAAAAAAUGUAGCCAUUUCUGGUGUAAUAACUAUUACUUAUUUUAUUGACCCUGAGAGAAUUAAUAGCAAAAUUAAAAUUGAAACUGGUGCCUGGAUCUAAACCCUGUAAUGCAUUUAGUUGUUCUUGAGCCCUAGUUACCUUUUGUUGAGCAGACUGAUAAUCAAAGGCAUUCCAUAACCAUCCUGUCAGGUUUCCUGGCAUUGAAUAUCUCUGUCUUCAUGGUCCAAUGUGUCUUUUUUUAACAUGUUAGGGUGUGAUUUAAGUUGAGGCUCGAGAUAAAUUAUAAGCUGAUAUCAAUGAUGAAAUGCCCAUAAACUUAUGGAGGAAUUAAAAUAUGAUGGAGUGAAUUUCACUACUUGCCCCAAAAUAUUAGUGUAAAAAAUGAAAGUCAAAUAGACACAAAAAAAGUACUGCCCUUAUAUUGCAGUCUUCACUUGCUUUUCAUGAGCGAUUGAAUGUGAAUUAUGGUUAGAUGUCUUUUGCUUUCAGAUUGUUAAAAUAAAAAAAAAAACAUAUUUAACUCUUGCUUAAAUACCUCCUGCUUUUUAACAAGAAAUGCUGAAAGAAAUAUUUCAUCGCCGGCAUCAUCAUCAUCAUCAUUUUUUAAUGUCUGUUUUCCAUGCUGGCAUGGGUUGGACAGUUUGACCAGAGCUGGAAGUCUGCACCAGGUUCCAGCCUAAUUUGGCUUGGUUUCUGUGGCUGGAUGCCCUUCCUAACACUUCUUCAUUAAUCCUAAUGAGAUAAAUGUUGUUUUCAUUUGAAUAAGCACAAAUACCUGUAUACACAUGGCUCGUGACCUUUAAUGGUAUUAGUUGGCUUAAAAUGGUGGGCAAAUGGCUACAGCCAGGGACUGGACUUGAGUUGCAAUCUUGACUGACUUUAUUUUCACCACAAAAUUUAUCUAUUUAGAUAUAUAGAUCUGUUUUGUUUAAAGGCAAUAAGAUGUGAUAUUUGUGUUUUGUCCUGUGGCAUUUAUUUAAUAAAUGAAGUCACCUAAUUGGGCAUCUUAACUCAUUUUGCUGCACGCUCAUGUAAUCAUUAUGAUUUUUUUUCCAUUUUUUUUUUUGUUUUUUGAAUAAUUUAGUCAGGGGAGGAAGGGCAUUGCCCAUGGCUUCUGAAACUGGUGAACGAGGAGGUUAUCCUUAGACAGGAGACCUGGCCCAAAUGCUUGCAACAGAGUGGAAUCUGCUAAAGGGACUUGAUAGCCAAGGGUUUGUGUUAAAUUGGACAAUGGAUUGUGUCUACCACCCAAAAUACCAGGCCAGAAGAUAAAUAUAAUAUUGAUUGAUUGAUUUUCCUCAGGUGAUGGUGAUAUAGAGGUAAGUGGGGAGUCCCAUAAGCCAUCAGGUUGUAGGGGCAUUUUGUUUUCAUCUAGUGUUUUAGGAUAAGUCAUCCUAACAGCCCAUUCCUAAAUAUCCUAUACCCCAUAGGAGGAUGUUAAAUCUGCACUGCAAAUUAACAGAAAUAAGAAAAACCUGAUGCUUACAACUGUAGGCUGUUUCACCUUGCUAUAGUAACUAGUUAAGUUACCACAGCAAGGUGGACUGAGCUGUUAUGAAUUAAUCAUCUUGGCCACAGAUGAAUUACAUUAGUUGCUGAUAAGAUAUAAACAGCUAGACAUUGGCUGUUAUGAGCAGCAAUUUGAAACAGGAAAGACAGGCUUUCUAGACAUGCAUCUUGUGUCUCUAAUUAUCAGGCAAUUGUUUUUAAUUACACAAUAGGGCAGUCCCUACCAUUCCAUCUCCUCAAAUUAUAUGAUGUAAUAUAUUUCUGAUAAACUGUUCCAUUUAAUUUGCAUUAUGUAAAUUGUCAUUCACUUAAUACUAGUUUAAUACACUAUUCUCAUUUCUGUAUUUUUUACAGUAUAUCUCAAUGAUAUUUUCUAUGAUAUAUAACUAAUAUCCUAUACAUCAUUAUGAUAUUUUGAUUUUUUUUUUUAUAAGUUAGUCAAAGGAAAAAGAGACUGUGUCCACCACCUUUGCAAACUCUUACAGACUGGUGACAUGAUGUAUUGCUUUGAUAAUUCACGUUAUAUAUCCAACUGUACAGUUUUUCAAAUAUACUACCAUAACAAAAUGUGGAAAUUUAUAUCAUGAGAUGUGUGAUUUUGUGUUUUGAAAAUCACUUCUUUAAACUAUGUUCUAUGCACAAAUGGAAGAAUUUAAUGUUUAAUGUGUCUUUAUUAAGAGUGUAUCUUCAAAAUAUUCUGUAGUAUCUCUUUUUAUCCCUCUCUUUUUUUUUUCUUUUUGUAUAUGUUUAUAAACAUGAUGUAUAUACUGUAAUUUAAAGAUGACAUUUUAUUUUAUGAAAUUAUUAUAUUACUGUUCAUGCCUCACGCAUUUAUUAUAAAUGAACUCAUUCCUUCCUGCUUAUUUCCAUUGAAUAACCACCAAUUUAAUGAAUCCUUCCAUAUAUAUUCAUCCUAGUAUUAUUAAUCAAAUCUUUUUUUUCUGGAAACUUCUAUAUGUAUUGCAAAAAUGAACAAAAACAUUUUUUUUAAUGAUAUUCUGCAGUAAAGAAUGAACAGUUUGGUGAUAUUCUCAAGCUGACAUGUCACCAAAUACAGAAAACAGAAAUACUGGUUUGCAUUGACAUUUUAUUUUAUACUUGAAUUCCUGCAGAAAAGAAAAAAAAAAAGAAAGAAAAUUUGGAUUUGUUAUCUUCUGCUUUGAAAAUAUUUCAAAACUGCUGAUUGCCAACAAAAAAAAAAAAAAUGAAAAAUGUAAUUAUUACCCCAUGGUUUCAUGCAUGGCACCAUGAGCAAGUCUCUGGUUGACCAAUAUCUUGUGGAGAAGCCUGUCGUAGAUGUAUGUGUUUGUGUCCUUGUCUGUGAUUAUGUUUACACUGGUUUGAAAACUGGUGCUGGUGUCUAUUUAUGUCUUUUUUUACUACUGUAAUUUUGCGGUUUGACAAUUAGAGUUUGAUAAAAUAAGUACCAGGGGUUAAUAUGACUAAUUAAACCCUUCAAGUUAAAAAGCAGCACAAACUAUAUCCACAAUCUAUGGAUAGUUCAUGGUGACUGCUAUCUUAAAAUACAAUAUAAAAGAUGGAAUGCUUUUGAUAAAUUACCUUUUUUAUGAAGUGUAACAAACAAACCAAAGAUCUUGUCUUACUGUUGAUUAGCAUCCAGUUCACUCUUGAUUAAGUGCACCAGUGAUCAAAAACAUUCCAACCACAAUCAUUCCAUCUGUCUAGGGUUAAUACAGGAUCAUGUUUUCUAAUGUACCCAUUCAGUUUUUUUUUUUUUUUUGCCUUUUUAAGACAGUGGAAUGUAGUUUGGGAGAAGUUUAAUUUCUGACAAGUCAAAUGCCCUCAUUGACUUGCUAAAGCUCUUUUUUUAAUUUGUUUAAUGGUGGUGUAUGCUAAGUGUCACUGAAAAACAAUUGGUAAUUUGUUAAAAUAGAGACACUUAAUAACUUAAUACCAUCCGAUCCUUUUAUAAAAUCUGCUGUAAUAGAGGAACACAGCAAUGUGCUUAUUGGUACUGGGGAAUCUAAGGGGAACAUGGAAAUAGAAAUUUCUUAUUCAGUAAAAUAAUCAUCAAUUCAUAGAGAAGGAAAUGUGGUUGUGUGAAACCUAUACCUUUCUCAAUGGCAUGAGUGGCAAAAAUGAAUUUGCUUCAGAUUGGAAUUGAAUUUGGUUAAACAUUUGCUCUAUAGCAGUGUUGUUUAAACUAUUUCUGUGUUAUUCACCCUCUAGUCUUCAUCUUAAAAUUUCAUUAACUUACAACUAAAUUCGCUUUAAAAAGGAAUUGAAUUUGGUCCUUUUGAUUCAGUUCACCAGCAGCUUAACUCUUGUGCUAUAGCAGUGCUUCUUAAACUAUUUUUGUGUCAUUCAUGUAUGAGUCCUUAUCAUGAAAUUUCAUUCACCCACAACUAAAUUUUCUCAUGUUUAUUUUUCUUUUUAGUAAUUUUCAUCUUACUCCAUUGUAUAAUUUUUAUUUAAUUAUAAUUGAUUUUCUCACAUGAGCAAAAAACAAAUUAAUUCAUCUUAAGUUUAAUUAUUCAACUUCUUGGACAUCCUAAAAAUGUAUAAAGAAAAUUCAUCAGAGUGAUAAAAAUUUAAGGAUGGAAAAAUUAUGAAAAUUUUUUUCUACUUUAUAUAAAAUUAGUAAUCAACAAUUUUAGAAUUUAGAAUUAGAUUCUUAGAAUCAAUGCUUUUUUUUCCUUCUUGUGUAUGCUUAUCAGAAAUAAAUGACAAGCAGUUGACUUAUACCCAGACUUACAUGUAUAUUUUUUUAUCACCAAUAACUAGGAUAUUCCUGUAUUCUGCUACCAAGUUUCUCUGAGAUUGUUUCUUUUCCAAAGCAACUCACAUUAUUGGAUCAACAGCCUGAAAUGAAUUCUGUUCUCUCUCUCUCUCUCUCUUUUUUUUGCAAUCUUACCAAUGUUGAAAAUCCUCAUUCAGCAGGAAAAAAAUUGCCAUUAUUGCCAAUGGUGGAGGACCUUCAAGUCAGUUGAUGUGUAUUGAAGGGAAAACAAGUUAUCCAACAGCUGAUAGUCUUCACAGUAGGAGUACAUCUCAGAAGAUGAUUUAUGACUGAAGUUAUACUGAAACUCCAUCAACACUUCUAAUAUGUUCACCAAAUCUGCUACUUAAUGUUGGUGAUAAUGGAUCUGAUUUCUUCAGUCCUUCUGAUAACCAAAAAUGCUAUCCCUCAGUGUUUUCUCCAGAUCAGUGUGUUUUUCUUUCCCACUUAUUCUCUUUGAAAAACUUCAAAAUGUGAGAAAUUACCUUCUGAACAUUGCUAUGGCAUAUGUUUAAUUUUCAUGGUAUCUUCUCCUUUCCCAAGGGCAUUGAAGUUGUUACCUUUUUUUUUUUUACCUUGAAGUGACAAGUGAACUGAUUCAAAUAUUCAAAAAGCAAAAGUCAUGUAACACAGUUUGGUCAGCUAAAAAAAAAAAAAAUCAUCAUUGUGAAGCCUUGCCUUCUUGUUACUUUGCCUAGUAAAAUGUACAAACAUUUCAUUUUAUCAAGGACUCUUCCAUGUAACAACCACUGAACUUCAGAAUACAAGAGAAGAAUCUUGAUCUGUGGAGAUAUUCUCUUUAUAGCUCUGAAAACAGUUGAAAUUCUUUUGCUUGUAGGUGAAUAAUAGAAUUGACUAUUUUCACCACAUUUUGCAACAGUGCUUUCAAUUUCUGGCCAUAGCUACAAAUGCCCAAUUUCUUGUCAGCUGAUGUUUCCUGUUGUAAACAACAGUGUACAGUGGAACAAUUCUGGGAUUUUUCUUUGAUACGAUUUUGAUCUUUCAUAACAGGAUUUCUGUUCUCUGAUGGUGUUCCAUUAAUUUGUGUUGCACCUAUCUUUUCAGAUAACCAAUAUCCUAUAUAACAAAUCGCAACUUGGUUGUGUCUGGUGUGCAUUUUUCAAAUACUACAGCAUGUAUUAUGGGAAAGCACUUCAUUGUACUUUAGUUUUGGGGGGUAAAAGUAUUUCCCCCAUUCUUUAUAAUUACACAUGUUCUUGUUGGUAAGAUAGAUAAAAUGUCAGUGGAUUUUACAAAGCAUCUGGUGCUGAAGUCUCUUAAUCUAUGAUCCUUUAUGUGCAGGUCACAUCAUGGACUUUUGUGAUAUCAAGAACAUGAAUAAAGUGAAACAUAGUAAUGAACACUCAUAAGAUACCAGUUUUGUUAAUAUUUUCAUUGAUUUUUCAACAUAUGCUGAAGUGAAACCUGACAAGAAGUUUAAACCAUAUUCCCUAUUGAUGAAUGAAUGACAUUCUCUGGUGCUGUUUUUGAUAAGAAUUAACCUGAAUCAACACACUGAAUUCUGUUUGUUUUAUAUAGUAAUAAAGGAGUUUGAUUCAAGACAAUGAUAUUUAGAUUCUGAGGAUGUGAUAAUGGCACUGAAUAUAAAAUGAACUCAAUCAUAAAACAGAUUCUUGACUUUGUACAAUAUGUAUCAUUAGUCUUUCAUUUCUGUUAUCCUGGACAACAUACUCCUGACUAACAAAAUAAAAUAUUUUUGGACUUUAGCAUUUGUGAAAUCCAAGAGAUGCAUGUUCCAGACUGUCCAAUCUCUCCUUGCGACCACAGUAAACUCACUUUUGGUUUCUAUGAGUUCAUUGAUGCAUCUUGUCUCAUUGUUCUUUGUAUAAUUGUUAAGAGGAAACCACCGGUGCUUGGUGGAUGGCAUUCUCUUUUUCUUCACUGCUGUACCAAACAGGUCACUGAAUAUAUGAAACUUUUACAGCUUCUAUGACUAGCACUCACUGCUACUCGGAGCACUAGGUAACUGUGAUUACUCUGUGGAAUUCUUAUCAAAUAUUGUCUAAUCGGCAUUCAGUUAUAGUAGUAUUAUUUGCUAUUACUGAGUCAUCAUGGCUGUUGCAUCAUCUGUUGUCAUGGCAAUACAUUUCCUCUGAGAAAAAUCUUCAUUUCCUAUGAAUUCAUGAAGCUUGGAGAAAAUAAAUUCAUCUAUAAUUUUGUCUCUGACUUACAAGCAAAAUUGAGAAUGUUUGACAAUUUUUCUUAAGCUUUGGUUCGGGAAACGACUGUGCUCAAUAACUUGGGCAUCAUUCUUAAUGUUCAUAGCAUAAAAACUGCAGAGCAAAAAAUGGUGCUUCCAACAAUUCCGUCAUCAUGUAAUAAUCCAGGUCUUCUCUUCAGCAAUCAAACGGUCAUGAAAGCCACUUCUUUCUUUUGGAAUGUUCAGUCACUAUUUUGGUGGUGGCUUUGGCAGCCAUGGUGUCAGGAUUUGAGAGUGAAGUAGGGAAGAUGGAAUGAGAUAAGAUUGCAGGACAAAUGGGAUUGUUUGACAGACUGUAUUUUUGGUUAUCUUCAGUCUUGUUCUUAAGAGAAUUAAGAUGAGUCUUCAAGUCAUUGAUCCUAGAUCAGUUGUAGGGGACAAGAUCCAAGUAGGAUCUUUUCAAGUAAUUCUUUGCUGCCUCAAGAGUUGCUGUGAUUCUUAUGGACAUUUAUGAUCAAUUUCAUUUCUUCUUUUUUCAUAUGACUGUCAGUAAAAUUGUCUAUUUCUGAGGCAUAAGUGACGCAAACUCAUCCAGAGUUUUGAUGCAGUAAAUAAAGGCAAUUAUUAGCAGAUCUGAUUCUAUCUUUGAUGUCUAAAUUUUUGUGUCAGUUGUAGACUCCUGAAUAUUUUUCAUGAUUAAUAUCCUCGUUCUUUUGUCAUUGGUUAAAAGAAUUUACACUACUUUAUCUCUUUUCUUUCUUACAUGGUUUCACACCUUUAUCAGCUUCUAUGUAUGGAUUAUUUUUAUCGUUCAUGACUACAUAUUCUACUUGAAGAAAGAGGCAAGGUAAAGCCAUUUUUAAUCAUUGAUUCCUUCUUCACCAGUGAAUGGAAGAAAUUUUUCUACUUUCACAAAUAUGAGGGUUUUUUGAAAAACUAUACUUGUUUUGAUUAUUGCAGGUUGUUUUUUGUCUUAAAUGGGUCUAAUUUUGAAGGUGCCAGGUACUGGCUGGUUGCACCAAGCUGAAAGAAUAUGGCUGGUUUGGUUCUUUUGAGAAAGGAAAAAAUUCAAUCUUGAUAUUCUCUUUUCCAAUUUUCUUGAAUUUUGAGAAGGAGGUACUUUGGUUCUUGUAUUUCUUUUUCUGUUUAAGUUUCCCCUCGUUCAUAUCAUUAACAGAGUCAUCACCUGUAAUCAGAUAACUGCAUUGUUUACCUUGUUAUCAGGCAGUUUCUUUAUCUUUCAUGAGAGACAUGUCUCCUAAACAUAUCUUCUCCUGACUGCUGUUUGUUUCACUUUCUCGUUACUGAUCUGUUUCCUUUUACCCGUUCUUCCUUUACAGCUGGUUUCUUUAGAUACUUCAACAAAGACAAUGUUUUAAUCUGCCAGCAAGAAAAAUGGUAAAAGAUCAUCCUCAGCAAAUUCAAGUCUAUGUAGAAGUGUUUAAGAAAUCUUCAAAAAUAUAUGGUCAACUGGUAUGAAUAUUGCAAAUAAGUAAAUAAAGAGGUGAUAAUGAAGAACAAUACUGGCAUUUUUUUUUAAUGCAUCACUUACCCCUGAAAUAAAGAGUAUCAUUUUGUGACACUAUUUGAAGUAAUUACAAAUCCAAUGAAUCACCAACUAUCCCACGGAGCAAGUGAAAUAAUGGAUAUGGAUUUUACAGCCGUAACUAAAAUAUUGGAUACACUGACCUUAAUGUUUGGAAAUAAUGAUCCAUGUGCUGUUCCCAUGCUAUCCUGGUUUUGUCUCCAGCAGUAGUGGUUUAUUAAAUCAAAAUUCACAAAAUACUGAAGUUGAUUACAGUAGCAAAUACAGAAUGUUACCACAAGAAAAUGGCAUAGUCUACCUUCAGAUUACUUAAAAAAAUGGAACUCGAGUCUCCUGAGUGUAGACAGAAUUCAUUCUUGAUUAAUACAUAUGUAUCAGGUCCAAUCCCUGCCAGCAUGAAGUACAGAUGCUAAAUGAUGAUCAUGAUGAUAAAUAUAUAAAGUUAUGCUUCUGGCAUUAAAGUAGAUGAAGUUACAGGUUAAGUAUAGCAAAAAUAGAAAAAAUAUUGUCUGAGUAAAUUAUCAUUCAUCAUUCAUUCAUCUUAGUUUCAUCCAUUCUUGAAUGAACUAUUCUCCAGUUUAAGAAGCAUUGCUCCAUGGCGUUACAUAAAAAUGUAAAAAUAUUUACCUCUUCAAGAGUAUAUCUGGUAAGCUGUUGUCCAAAUUUUGUGAGCAACAAAUCUUGACUAUUUUUUUCUUUAAAAUUAUCUCAGUGAAAUUUUCACGAUAAAUAUUAAAAAUCGUAUCAUUGAACUUUUUGAUAAUUUUUUUUCUGUCCAAAGAUCUUCAAUUUUGGCUAUAAGAAAUGAAGCUGUAAGAAAUGAUUGUUUCACAAUCUUUUUCUUCUUCAAUAAACUUUUAUUAAAUUUGUGAACCUUUUCAUGUUAUAUCAAUGAAAAUUUUCCUAUGACAGUUUUGCUAUGAAAAUUAAACUGAACAGGUUUUUCUAUCCUUUGAAUAUAUUUAUUUUUGUCUCUCUGCCAAAUUUCUGUCAAAAGUAUUUAAUGCAGAUAUUACAGUCAGCACUCUUAUAUGUCAUUGAGUAUAAUUACUUUGCACCACAAAUCAUGCAUUAAUGUACUCUUGCUGUAUAAAUUGUAGGCACUGAAGUAAAAUUUCUGUCAAAUAAGUCUUUCAUAACGCAUCAUUGUUUAUGAAGUAGAAAGCAAGAAUUCACAGACAGAUAAUAAUUCCUCACAUUACACAGUGAUACAGAUUCAUCCUACAAAUAUGUGUGAGGACUACAAGUUUAAUGUCUUCAAGGAUUUACCAUAGAGCUCACAGUGAUAAGAUUUUUCUGUAAUGUGAAUUUUCAUAUUUCUUUAAAUAACUAUUUCCGGCAAAAUAUUUUCCACAAAUUUCACAGUGGUAGGGAUUUUCUUGAAUGCAGACACAUUUAGGAUUCACAAGUGUUGAAUAUUCAGAGAAGAUUUCCCACAAAUUUCACAAUGAUGGGGCUUUCCUCCAAUGUGUACCAUAAUGUUUUUUUUUUCCUGAAGUACCGCUGUUUAGAGAGAAUUAAAAUAUUAAAAAAAAAAAUUGAAAUUUUCAUAAACCUGACUGCAACAACAAUGAAUUUUUCUGUGUAAAGUGAAUGGUUUUUGUUUAGAUAAUGUUUUACCACACAUUCCACAGUGUUGUUGUGUUUUAGAGCCUGCAAGGGUCAUAGACACUACCUGGCUUCUCUAAUGAAGUUAUAAAAACAGGAACCCAACCAAAAUUAACCUUAUGUCUGUCUACCUAAUAUAACAUUUUGGUGUAGCAUUUCUUAUAACUUUACGUGAAUAUUUCUUUGAAAUGAAACUUAUGUCUACCUAAUAUAACAUUUUGGUGUAGCAUUUUUCACAAGUUUACAAGAAUAUUUAGUUGAAAUGAACUUUAUGCCUGUUUUUAUUAUCUGUGUACCUAAUGUGACAUUUUGGUGAAGCAUUUCUUAAAACUUUUCACGAACAUUUCUUUGAAAUGAAGCUUAUGUCUACCUAACAUAACAUUUUGUUGUAGCAUUUUUCAUAAGUUUACAAGAAUAUUUCUUUGAAAUGAACCUUAUGCCUGUUUUUAUUAUCUGUCUGUUUAGUAUGACAUAUUGGUGUAGCAUUUCUUACAACUUUACAUGAAUAUUUCUUUGAAAACUCUUUGAAAUUUAUCUGGUUAACGUAAGGCAUAUUCCUGACAUGUCUUUGUGACAUUAACCAAAAGACCCACAAAAAGUAGCAAAAUGAUUUUCCACAAAUAUCACAGUAAUAAGGUUUUUCACUGGCUCUGUGACUCAAAUGUGAAUUGUUGAGGCAAAAUUUUAAACUCAUGACUACCCAAAAAUUUAGCACAGAUAAAUGUCCUUUUUAUAUUUAGAGUGCAAAUACUUAUAUGGACAGAAAGAGAGAGGUUUUUGUAGUUCAUAUUUUUAUCGAGAAAUCUUACUCGAGUCAAUUGUUUUACUGUUCUGUAGCAUCAACCUCUUUUGAGUCAGUACAAUUGUCCAGAAAUAUCACAGCAGUAAGAUUUUGUUGCUCUGUGUAUCUCUCUGAGUAAUGAGGCUACUCAGCCUUCACUAAAAGAUUCUGUACUCUGUACUCGUUUGUCUACUACAAGUUUUAAAAUUAUCAAAGAAUGAUUUUCCACCUGUUUCAAGUGGACAGUUCUCAGACAUUGAAAUCCUACAUAGGUUUCACAAUGACUGUUAAUUAAUUUUUUUUUCUUUUUAUUUAUUUAAAACCUGUUUUUUUUUUGUAUUUUUUUUCUUCUCUCCAUUGUGUAUACGUUUGUGGAUUACAAGGUUAGAAUUCACAUAGAAAUAUUUGCCACAUAUUUCACAGCUUGUUCUUUACAUAAAAAUAAAGAAUAUAAAGCCUUGUAUUGAAAACUUAUUUGUUAUUUAUAGUUAAUCUUUUGUUUGUCAUUCUCUCCCCACCUCUGGUUACUUCUCCCACCUUCAAAAAGAAAGCAUGAAAUGAUUUUAUUUUCUUUUCAAAAUUUAUAUCAAUUGAUAAUAUACAUUAUGCAUUCAAAAGAACCAAUAAAUAUUAAAGAAUUGA